AUGGUUAAGGCAGUUGCAGUUUUGAGAGGUGACGCUGGUGUUUCCGGUGUCGUUAACUUUGAGCAAUCUUCUGAAAGUAGUCCAACCACAAUUUCCUACGAAAUUGCUGGUAACAGUCCAAACGCUCAUCGUGGUUUCCACAUUCACGAAUUUGGUGACAACACUAACGGCUGUACCUCAGCUGGUCCUCACUUCAACCCAUUCGGUAAGACCCACGGUGCCCCAGAUGGUGAAGUUAGACACGUUGGUGACUUGGGUAACAUCGCCACUGAUGGUUCUGGUGUCGCCAAGGGCUCGAAGACCGACUCUUUGGUUAAAUUGCUAGGUCCAAACUCUAUCUUGGGUAGAACCGUUGUCGUCCACGCUGGCCAGGAUGAUUUGGGUAAGGGCGGUAACGACGAAUCCCUAAAAACCGGUAACGCUGGUGGUAGACCAGCUUGUGGUGUUAUUGGUAUCACCAAAUAA